AGGUAAUCAGUCUGAAAAUGUGAAACGCAGAACGUAUUCUUCAAAUUAUAAAGAUCCAACAGCGAGUGGGAACAUGAAAAAUCGUGGGAAGAAGCCAAUAGCAGAACCUAUUCAUAUCGGUCACUUUAUAAUGAUUGUUAUCAUGAAACUAUGUCGAACAGUACUUUUGAUCGAUACAUCAGUCAAAAUAGGACUUUACCUUAUGGUUGUCCUAAUUGGAUCUGUUAUCUGUGACCUACAUGCUAUGCCAAGAGGAUUCUUUUCUGAUAAGAAAAACUUCUUAAAUGUUUAUUUCAUAAAACUUGGAUGGGGAUGGACAUUGUCACUAAUUGGGCCCUUCAUAUUUAUGACUAGUUUUGUCUAUUGUUGUGGAAACUUGAAUCAAGUCCGAAGACAUGUGAUGAGACUGGCUGUUGGAACCGUUUGGUGGUAUGUUUGUACCAGUUUCUUCGUGUAUGUGAAUAAAAAUGUUGGAGUCUGUACAUUAUCAAAUCUAAAAGAUAGUAAAUCAUGUUUAGAAGCAGGUAAAUCAUGGCUAGGCUUUGACAUUUCCGGUCAUGUGUUUUUAAUGAUACAUUCUUUGUUGAUCAUAUCAGAAGAAAUGAAAUGUUUUAAAGAUUGGACGAAGCUGAAAUUGUCACUGGAUGAUGAAAAUUUAACACAAAGAAAAAACUUGUCAGCAAGUGAAAUUUCUCAAGCUAAAACUUCACAUAAACAGUUAACACCAUUAAUUCAGAUUAAUGUAGUUUUCAUUACAUUGUUAAGUUUAUUAUUCGAAUUUAUGCUUUUAAUAACUAUUAUUUAUAGAUUUCAUACACUUUCACAGAAAGUUUUUGCAGCGUUUAUUGCAGUUGGUUUUUGGUUUGUUGAUUAUAGAAUGUUAUUUAGAACUAAAAUAGAUAUAAUGCCUUGCUUACCAGGAGAAUGUACUUUAAACUAUUAUAAAUAUGAUAUUUAAUUUAUUUUCAAUUGAUAUUUUACAUUGUAUUUUAAAUAUACUGUUAAAAAUGGUAUUGCCUGUGUGAAAGGACUGUGGAAGAGUUCAGAUGCCUAGUAGAAUAAUAAUUCACACUAUCACUAUCUAUCAAUCAAUAUUUACUGCCAUAAAUAAUUAUUCAAUAUAUUUAAUUACUCUCCAAUGGAAUGUGCCAUAUUUCAAGUUUUUUUGUAAAUUUUUAAUAUUUCCUUGUUUUUACUUACUACGCUUCAUCAUCAUGGGUACAGUUUCAAGAAUUCAAUGUGUUGAGCAUUUCCAUUUCAGUGGUGCUUACAUUAACAUUAUCUAAAUGCACCCUGAAAUGUCUUCCAUGGUGAAAUUAGAUCUUGAAGUGCUACCUCACAAUAUUAUAUUUAUAAUCUUUUUUCAUAUUCAUUUAAGAAUUAUAUCAUACUUAAUUUAAUUACAAAAGAUUUAUGAUGUAAUUUUACUCAAAUUUUGGCAUUUUGGGGCUCACCAUGGAACCUAGAACUAUUUUAUCAUUAAUUAUGUGUGUAGUUAGUGUUAUAUAAUCAUUAUUCUACUAUUAGUCAAUUAUAUUUGAUAUUAUAUCAUCUGGUUACCAUCUGUUUGGUACUGCUAGUUUUAACUUGCUGUAGGAGGAGAUCUAAAGAUAGCAGAUUACAUGCAUCAGAUAUUAAACUAACAUAAUUAUAAAUUGCUUUUCAAAAUCAUAGAUUAAGUCGAACCAAGAUAUUUCUGAAUCUGCCCAUCCAGGUCAAAACAUAAACGCAAUCCGCUCAGACGCAGAUGAGCAAAAACAUCUUAUAUAUACACUAUAUAUGCUAGUCAGUGAUACAUUUAGUCUCCUGUAUGCACAGGUAUGUCUUUGAUUAUGGAAAUGAUAAGAUUUUUUGAAUGUUAUUUUAUUCAAAAUACAAUGAAACUGAUCAUAAUUUUGGCAGUAUUAUAUAAUACUUUUUCAGCAGUACCAGUAUUGCUAUAUGAAUUUGAUUGCAUUCCUUCUGCAAUUUUAGCUUACAUUUUAAAUGUUAUCACAAUAUUUUUAUGGAGUGAAGAUGAAAUAAACCUAAGAUACCAUU